AAAAAGGUUUAAAAAAAAGUGAGGAAGCAAGAAAUGGCGUCGCAAGUUGUUUUUUAUUCGAAAUCAAUGUGUUUCUAAUCAUUCAAAGUGAUUGUAGGAUCUAAUCGUUGUGUUAAAGUAAAGUUCAUUCGUGCCGUUGAUGUUUAAUUGAUGAGUAACGGGUGUUUGGUAGAGAAUUCGUCAUUCCUGGGGAAACAAUGGCGUCGGAUCAACCUGUACAAACCAAUGUAAAAGCAAGCGAAAUUCGCGAUUUCGCUGAUGAUAUCUACGGUCAGAACAGCGAAGCAGACGCCGGCGAGGGCUGUAAGCGCCGAAGAGUGACUCAUGACUACAAAAGACUUUCAAAACUGGGAUAUGAUCCAAGUGUGUCAACCAAUGCGAAACCACCACAAUCUCUCGAUUCCAAAGGCAAGAAGCGCAAGCGCAGCGAAGACUCCCUAGAGCUAUGCCCGUGGGGAGAGAACCUGAAGCCUUCCAAACUAACCAAGAUAUGGCCAGUGUUCGACUCGGGAGGGUUCGGCGAUGGAGCCAUGCUAACCCUGCAUGUGCUCAACAAAACCCCACCCAUGCGGAAUCCCUUACUCUUCAAUCUUCACCACGACUUUUGUCUCCACGAGCCUCUCUCAUCCGACUGGUUGGGAGGCCUCAAUGUAACCUGGAGACAGUCCCAGCUCAACAACAAAGUCCCAGACGAUGAUAUAACUAAGCGAAUAUUCUCGUCAGUGUCGAGACAACUGCGUAUAAUCAACACGCACUUCCAAAGGUCCAUGUUUAGAUACAAGUACCCUCGCGUGACGAGAUCGAACGUGCUUUUGGAUACGAACAAUCUUCGCCGCUCUGGGACGCAUUUCAGCUUGACUUUGAAGGCGAUUCGCUUCCAGUCGACUCCUCGAAGAGAACUUCCUUGUUAUGGCAACUUGGAGCUGCCUUUUAAGGUGAAGCAGGAGCCUACAGCGUCUCCACAAAUAUUCGCAGGACUUGGCAGGAGUGUCAAGACCGAAACUGAUAAAGUGCAGGAUGUUAAAGUGAAGACUGAGAGUGAUAAAGUGAAGUUGGAGAGGGACAAAGAUAGGGAAAAGGAAAAAGAGAGGGAACGAGAAAGGUCGUCUCACUCUUCCCGUCACUCAUCGUCCUGCCACCACUGUCGACGGCGCGCGCGCAUCAAACGUUGUUCCAUCGGGGUGCAGUGCCGCCGCGACCGGCCCGGCCUGCCUCACGCGGACUCCUGGGGGCCGCUGGCUGAUAAUGUGGUGGUCAAACACCUGAAGUACCAUCGACUAAUGCGGGUGGAGACGCACCCCAAUGGCGGCGCUAGCGUCGUGUACCUACACCAGCGGGACAUCGACAUGCUCAACGUCCAACAGCAGGAGGUGCUGGCUAAGGAAUUCCUCAAGCUGGUGUUCUCGGAAGACAGUGACGGCUGGGCGCACUUCGUAUGCGGUGUGGUUCGCGGGGCAGCGGCGCAGUUCCCCUGUCUUCUACGCUACCUAUGCGAGGCGCACCCCAGUCUCACCGUCAAGGCAGGAGUCCUAGCACGGGCUUCUGAUAUUGAGACCACCACCGUCAGCCGAUACUAUCAGCAGGUGGCGCAGUCCUACGCAGCAGGCACCUUCCGCUGCGGCCCGCUGCAUCAGAUCUCAUUAGUGGGCACCGUGCACGAGGAGGUGGGCGGCUACUUCCCAGACAUGCUGGACAUGCUAUCGGCCAGCCCCUUCCUCAAGCUGACCAUGCCGUGGGGCCCGAUGUCUGCGGUUGAGAUGGAGCCACAGGAGUCAAACGACGGGCCCAUCCUGUGGAUCCGGCCGGGCGAGCAACUGGUGCCUACUGCUGAGCUUGGGAAGAGCCCUAUUAAGAAGCGGAGAACCGGCAUCAACGAGCUCCGCAACCUACAAUACCUGCCGCGCUACAGCGAGGCGCGCGAGUUCCUGUUCGAGGACCGCACGCGCGCGCACGCAGACCACGUGGGACACGGGCUCGACCGCAUCACCACCGCCGCCGUGGGUGUGCUGAAAGCGAUUCACUGCGGCGACGAGUCGGACCGCGGCCGCAUCACUAAAGACGUGGUCGCCUUCCACGCGGCGGACUUCAACCAGCUCGUGCAACUGCUACAAUUGGAUCUUUAUGAGCCGCCCAUCUCGCAGUGCGUCACGUGGCUAGAGGAAGCGAAACUCAACCAACUGCGACGGGAAGGCGUGCGCUACUCGCGCCUACCGCUGUGCUCCGAUGACAUCUACUUCUUACCCCGAAACAUUAUCCAUCAGUUCCGCACAGUGUCUGCGGUCGCCUCCAUUGCGUGGCACCUGCGCCUGAAGCAGUACUACCCGUCGUCGGAGGCGUCGUCGCCGGCCGACGAGCGCCCGCCGCCCGACGCCGCGCCCGCGCCGCCGCCGCUCAACCACGCGCCGCCUGACACUAAAAAGUCUUCAACAAAACAUAAGGAUGGAGUUAUAGAAAUGAGAGCGCUCAGUGCAAAAUUCAAAGAGAAACCAGCGUUGAAAGUGGGCGAAAACAGAAAGAGCAUAGAAGUCCAGACCAAACCCGAAAACAAGGACGAAAAGAGAGACAAAAAAGUUGAAACUAAAACGGAAAGGACAGAAAAACCGGACAAAGAAAUCAAAGUGGAGAAAACUGAAAAGGACAGGACAGAGCAAAAAUCUGAAAGGACAGAGCAAAAACCUGAAAGGACAGAGCAAAAACCGGAAAGGACAGAGCAAAAGCCUGAGAGGACAGAGCAUAAAGCAGACCAUAAAUCAGAGAGAAACGAUCACAAAUCCGAGCCUAAGUCGGACAAAACUGAAAAGUCAGAUAAAGUGGAUAAAGACAAAAAUCACAGGCAUAAAGACUCUGACAAGCACCGAACGGAAAGGUCAGAGAAACAUGAUCACCACAGGCGGCAUUCGUCUUCAUCGAGAUCGCACAAGUCGCAUAAAUCCGACAGGAGGGACCACAAGGAGCACAGAAAGGACGACAGAAGCAGGACAGAAGAUAGAAAGUAUGAAAACAAGCACAGAGAAGUGAAAGAAAGCAAAGUGGAAAGUGUCAAGUUACCGCAAACGGUAGUUCAUCGACCACCCGAUUAGUGAUAGUGUGUGAGAACCGAUCAAGUUUGAAGUGGUGUCAGUUUCAUUUUGCUGACGUACGAGAGGACUGAGUUUCGUUUCUAGAAAACAUAUCCCGAAUCCACGGACACCCGUAAGUAAUUUAGCAUAGAGGUUGGUUUGUUUAUACUCUAACUUGACAUGUUUACUGUUGCGAAUUGACUGCUAAGUUCUAGUUAAAAGUUUAACAAAACUUUGAUGGCUAUCUUUGGAACGGACAAGAAAUAUUUCAAACUCCUUACGAGUAAUCAAUUUGCAACUUUUUACAUGAAAC